AUGUCUUUGAAAGAAGCAAACCAAUACAAUGCGACUCAUGGUAUCGAUGGAACCGAAAAUCGCAACAAAGCAUUGAUGUUGAAUAACGACCUCAAAGCUGAAGAUAUAACAGAACAUGAGGAAGUUAGAGAAGGCAAUAUUGACAAAAAAGAAGUUGUAUAUGCCCUUCUCUCUAAAAUGGAAAUGGGGAAUGUAAAGAGCGUAGAAUGCACAAAGUGCAAAAACUGUAGGAGACACAUCCGUGAUUUUAAUCAGCGAAACGAUAUAACGAAGUUAUACGAUGAAGUAGGCCGCGUAUCGGAUGUUAAAAAUAUAUUAGACCAACAACUCAGUAACGUUCCUGCAAAGGAACAAAGAGAAAGUUCAUACUUCCACAAAAAAGGAGACACACAUGACCAUUACCUUAAACAUUUCACAGAAAAUACAUAUUUAGAAACUGGUACAGCUGUGGAAGAUACGACGGACGCAACGGACUCAAACGCUGGAGAGCCAAUAACCACUGACGAAGAGGUUUCGCCAGUGGCUGCGGAGAAAAAUAAGCAGCAGUUCGGCGAAGAAGAAUAUUCUGCCGCAGAAUUACAAGCUGCAGAUGAUAUGUACCAAGAGUACGCAACUUACAGCGAAACAACCGCCGCACCAGUGACGGAUGAGCAUAUAACAUUAAAUUUUAUAGAUGAAAAAUCAAAACCCACAGAUUUUUCCCAAUCAAUUGGUGGUGUGAAUGUGGAGGGCACGAAACAAGCCACAAACGAGGUAGUAGAAUCAGAAGUGUACUUAGAGUCAAGCGAUUUGAAAACUGCAGCCCAUUUAGAUGACCUAGAAAGAGUAGAUAUAUCGCGACAAUCUGAAAUUCAAAAAGUUGUGGCGAAUACCGGUGGCGAAGUUGGAUUGACAGGUGAAAAGUUACACGAGGUCAAAACGGAAGCGCUCGGCAACUCCAAAGAGCUAGGUGGGUCAUGUCGGGCCGAUGAUUACACGGCAAAAACCAAAGAACCCACUUCAGAAAAAUUAAUAAAACGCUUAACAUCCUCUGAAAAGUCCUUGUCUCUCCCUAGCGAAAGCGCGUCGGAUAAGCACGCGAUGAUAGUUACGCCUGCGGACACACCAGAACUGAGACGCAGCACCGCGCAUGAUUUUACAGGAAUGCUAUCGCAGAAGCACACAACAAACGAAAUGGCAGGUGAGGGUAUUAAUGCUGGGUCUGGUAAACAGAUCCAAAUAUCAGCUCUGGAAGAUGAACGUAGGAAGUAUGCAGGGAAGACAGACCUAAUUAGCGCAGUUGAACUAUCAAACAGCAAGUCAUUUCUUGUUGUAGGUACCCUAAGGGGAACGUUGAGUAUCUUUUUAACAAAAGACAUUCUAUCAAUCGAUGAGGAAGUCUGGAUGGCGCCUACACCAGGAGAGAAAUCUGAGUCUGGAACACCAGACUGUAUGAUUUGGGGUUUAAUGACUAAGAGGCCACUUAUCACAACGGAAGCCCACAUUGGUGAGAUAAUACAAAUAUCCAUUGUCGAAACUAUGCAAUAUAUUGGUAUUGUUGCCAACAUUAUCACGGUAGGAAGGGACGCUUAUGUUAGAUUUUGGAGUUUACAGCGUGACAGGAUGUACGCUGAUAUAUACCUGAGAGGGAUACACAUGAUACACCCUUCACCUGUGGGAGCCAUACCUUUGCCUCACACUAAACAAAUGUUGAUCGCGCUUGCUCAUGGGCGUCUGGAAUACUGGGAUCUAAAAGAAGGGACACAAAACCGACAGAUAACAAUGACAGCGACUAAGGAUUACACAGAUGCCCAAUGCGAUGUUCUGAGAGUAGAUAUGUCACCUUCAGGUAAAAUGCUCGCUGUUCUGUCUACCAAUGGAUGGCUGAUGUUAUAUGACUCGGAGACUAGGAAUCCAAUAGGCGUGGCAGAUUGCAGGAACCAGAGGGGAAGGUGGUCAAAUGGCGAGGACGUAAACGGAGUAACCUGGAACAGUGCCGAAAACCUGAUAUUAGUCACCACUGCUGAUUGCAGGAUAAGGAUGCUGACCACUAAGGCCUAUUACGACGAUGAGCUUAUGGAGCUUGAGAAGUUUAAGGGGCAUGUAAAUGAAACAACCCGAUUGAAAGCUGUAUUUGCGGGUAUGGAUGAAGAAUAUAUAAUUUGUCCGUGUGAAAGGAAGUUCAUAUGUGUGUGGAAGCACAACAUCAACCUUCGCAAGCCGGCUUUCAGCGGCGACGACUUGCGACCUACCAACAAGGCUUGUCUGAAAUUUAAAUAUGAAGGUCCACGUCUAAGUCAAAAAAUAUGUGUACUCAACCCAGGAGAGUGGAUGGACUUACGGCAGAUGGUUAUUAGACAACAAAGGGAAGGUGGAAGCGACCCUACACACUUGCCUGAGGUGUCGUGUGCCUGUUUGCCGUUUGUCAAGAAAUACAAGAAUCCACAGAACAUUGACGUAUCAAAGAUAGACACAAGCCGCCACAUAAUUCUCCUGACACCAGAAAGCGAAACUACAGUGCGCUACAGUUUAAUUUCGAUUGAUGUGCUCAGGGCCUAUUUCGGCUCAAGGAAGCCCGGGUAUGCGUGA